UGCUGCGCUGCUGGACUGCGCCGCCGGAGCGAGGGGUUUCGGGGUGGUGCAAGGCAGGCGCACGGGGAAGGGCGCGCCGCGCGGCCGCCACCCCACCAUGCUCAAGCGCUGCGGCCGGCGCCUGCUGCUGGCGCUGGCGGGCGCGCUGCUCGCCUGCCUGCUGGUGCUCACCGCCGACCCGCCGCCGCCCCCAUUGCCCGCAGAGCGCGGCCGGCGCGCGCUGCGCAGCCUAGCGGGCCCCGCUGGGGCUGCCCCGGCGCCCGGGCUGGGGGCGGCGGCGGCAGCGCCCGGGGCGCUGGCCCGCGAGGUGCACAGUCUGUCCGAGUACUUCAGCCUGCUCACCCGCGCGCGCAGAGACGCGGACCCGCCGCCCGGGGCUGCCCCCCGCCCCGCCGACGGCCACCCGCGCCCCCUGGCCGAGCCGCUCGCGCCCCGAGACGUCUUCAUCGCUGUCAAGACCACCAAAAAGUUCCACCGCGCGCGCCUCGACCUGCUGCUGGAGACCUGGAUCUCGCGCCACAAGGAGAUGACGUUCAUCUUCACUGACGGGGAAGAUGAGGCCCUGGCCAGGCACACGGGCAACGUGGUCAUCACAAACUGCUCGGCCGCCCACAGCCGCCAGGCGCUGUCCUGCAAGAUGGCUGUGGAGUAUGACCGCUUCAUUGAGUCCGGCAGGAAGUGGUUCUGCCACGUGGACGAUGACAACUACGUCAACCUGCGGGCCCUGCUGCGGCUGCUGGCCAGCUACCCGCACACGCGGGACGUCUACAUCGGCAAGCCCAGCCUGGACAGGCCCAUCCAGGCCACGGAGCGGGUCAGCGAGAACAAAGUGCGUCCUGUCCACUUCUGGUUUGCCACGGGCGGCGCUGGCUUCUGCAUCAGCCGUGGGCUGGCUCUGAAGAUGAGCCCGUGGGCCAGCGGGGGUCACUUCAUGAACACGGCUGAGCGGAUCCGGCUGCCUGACGACUGCACCAUCGGCUACAUCGUGGAGGCCCUGCUGGGCGUGCCCCUCAUCCGCAGCGGCCUCUUCCACUCUCACCUGGAGAACCUGCAGCAGGUGCCCACCUCAGAGCUCCACGAGCAGGUGACGCUGAGCUACGGUAUGUUUGAAAACAAGCGGAAUGCGGUCCACGUGAAGGGGCCCUUCUCGGUGGAGGCUGACCCAUCCAGGUUCCGCUCCAUCCACUGCCACCUGUACCCGGACACACCCUGGUGUCCCCGCACUGCCAUCUUCUAGCGGCCAUGGCUGAGACCCAAUCCCUGGGCGCCCCUGGUAUCCAAAGGGCCCAGGGACCCUGUUGCGCUGCCCUGGCCUCGGCAUUCGAGGCUCCCCCAGGGCCGUGCCUGUGCGUGUGCCUGUGUGUGUGCGUGUGCAUGUGUGCGUGUAUGUGUGUACUGCAUGCCCACCCGGGUAGCAGGCUGCUGGGCAGUUCUGCUCUGUGGAGGAGCGGGCACAAGCGCCACUUAUGUGCCUCUGCCCCGAGGGCCAGUGGGCUGCAGGGCCUGCUUGGAGGAAGGAUUUGUGUGUCGGAGGCCACUCUGAGGGCAAUUCUGUUAGGAUUUUUGGAUCUUUCUACAGCUACGGGGCUCCGGGCUACUUUGCAGGGAUGCGAUGCGUAGGUGCCUUUCUCUUCCUGCUGAGCACAAGCUCUGUGUUGGGGAUACCUGUGCCCUGAAGUCCUGGCUCCUGUGUCAUAGCCCCAAGUACAACUCACUGAGCCAUGCUCAUUGCAGGGGAGGCUGGGUCUGGGGGUGCAUGACCCAAUCCCCUUCCUCCUGGCCUGGACGCUGUGGCUUAGAGUAACAGCAGCCACCGCCCAGUUCCAGUGGCCCCACGAAGCCCCCAGUGGCUGGCUAUCCAGCUGGGCAAACAGUGGCACCCCUCCCAGCUCUUCUGAGUGGAGAGUCUUCCAGGCCCCCUCAGAGGUCUUCCCUUUGCCUCCCCAGGACAGGGUGAGUCAGAGCUCAGCAUUUAAUCUCCUCUCCAAAGUAGAGAGCAAGUCGCCCACAGUGGGCGUUUCUGUAAAUAUUGUGACAGUAUUUUUUUACUGUGCUGUUUUUUUUGAAAGGGGGUGGGUAAAAAGUAGGGUGUUCUUGUUUUUUGCUUGGGAGGGUGGGGGUGGGGGAGGGUCUUAUUUUAUCUUAUCUUUUCUGUGGAUCAGAAAAAACAGAAGCCAAACUCGGGGUCAUCUUUGUUUUUAAAGCUGAAGUGGGACUGUCUGGCACUCUGUGUAUUUAUGCGUUCCAGCAUCUGGAACCUCCCAUCCCUGCCCUCCUCCUGCGUAGCUGCCACCUCCCCGCUGGGCCCAGCGUGGCUCACCUGUCCCAUGGGCUGUGUUUCUUGUUGUUUUUCUCUUUGCAAAGACAUAGCUAGGAAAGCGAAUGAUAAGGGAAAAGUUCUCAGGGAAUCGAAGUGUUGUUGCUAUGGUGACGUCCUUUUGCUGUGAAUAAAGGUGCUCUUUGCAGCAA